AUGCAUGCCAGAAACCCCCAUUCUCCUUUUCAAAGACAUCUGAUGGACUGCGAUCUCCCAGCCCAGCAGGACACGGGGACCAUGCAAGCUGUAAUUGGUCAGGAUCCAAUGAUAGCCGGACAAGUCAGUAAGCCUUCGCUGGCGGUGCGGGGUGCGAUGAACGCGGAGCCCAGAGGCGAGGACGCGGCUGCAACACCCGACGGCGAGCCGAGUGCGCCCCUGCCCGCUCCCGCGGACUCCGAUGACAACGAGGACGCCCCCGGCGCGCGCUUCGGGGCCAGAGGAAACCCCUCAAUCUCAGACCCAGGGACUCCAGACCAACCCCAGGCCAACCAGACCCAACCCCCAUUUCCGAUGGGCCCACAGCCCCUUCUGACAGCACAGCAGUUAGCCUCUGCUGUAGCUGGUGUGAUGCCAGGAGGUACCCCAGCCCUCAACCAACCCAUCCUCAUCCCCUUCAACAUGGCUGGUCAGCUUGGAGGGCAGCAAGGACUAGUCCUGACACUGCCAACAGCGAAUCUCACCAACAUCCAAGGGCUGGUAGCAGCAGCUGCAGCUGGAGGCAUUAUGACUCUGCCAUUGCAAAAUCUACAAGCUACCUCAUCCUUGAACUCUCAACUCCACCAACUCCAGCAACUCCAGCAGUCGCCCGCUGCGCCCUCCUCCUGCCAGCACCCACCUCCAGCUCCACCAGCGGCCUCCCAGCCCCAGCCCGCCCCGGCCCAGCAGCAGCCGCCACCACCUGCCUCCCAGCCGUCCACAGCCUCUCCAGCUCAGCCCCACCAGCCUCCAUCGCACCCGCAGCCCCAGAACCAGAGCCAAGCAUCUCCGAGCCAGCAGAAUGCCAGCCCCCCGCAGAAACCCAACCAGUCUCCGCGGCCCGGCCUUGCCUCGUCGCCCCUGACGCCACCCAACCCUCUCCAGCUGGUAAAUAAUCCGCUAGCAAGUCAGGCUGCAGCGGCUGUAGCAGCAGCAGCCAUGGGCUCCAUAGCAAGCUCACAGGCCUUUGGCAAUGCCCUCUCCAGCCUUCAGGGGGUCACGGGUCAACUAGUUACUAAUGCACAAGGACAGAUCAUUGGGACCAUUCCUCUGAUGCCCAGUCCAGGGCCCUCAAGUCAAGCUGCAAGUCAAGGCCUUCAAGUGCAGCCCAUCACGCCUCAGCUCCUGACUAAUGCCCAGGGACAGAUCAUUGCCACAGUCAUCGGGAACCAGAUCCUGCCUGUGAUCAACACCCAGGGCAUCACGCUUUCACCCAUCAAGCAUGGCCAGCAGCUCCACCAGCCCUCCCAGACGUCAGUGGGUCCGGCAUCAUCCCAGAGCAGCCUUCUGCACCUGGCUCAUAGUCAAGCCUCCAUCUCACAAAGCCCCAUCCGGCAGGCUUCCUCUUCUUCCUCUUCCUCGUCCUCCUCCUCCUCAGCUUUGAGUGUGGGCCAGUUAGUCAGCAAUCCUCAAACUGCAGCGGGUGAGGUGGAUGGGGUUAAUCUGGAGGAGAUCCGAGAAUUUGCCAAAGCUUUUAAAAUCCGGCGCCUGUCGCUCGGCCUGACCCAAACUCAGGUGGGACAGGCUCUCAGUGCCACAGAGGGGCCCGCGUACAGCCAGUCGGCCAUCUGCAGACACACCAUCCUGAGAAGCCACUUUUUCCUACCACAGGAAGCCCAAGAGAACACUAUAGCUAGCAGUCUGACAGCCAAACUGAACCCUGGCCUUUUGUAUCCUGCCAGGUUUGAAAAGCUGGACAUCACCCCUAAAAGUGCCCAGAAGAUCAAGCCGGUGCUUGAGCGGUGGAUGGCUGAGGCUGAGGCCCGCCACCGAGCAGGUAUGCAGAACCUGACCGAAUUUAUUGGGAGCGAGCCCUCCAAAAAACGCAAGCGGCGCACCUCCUUCACACCCCAGGCCCUGGAGGUCCUCAAUGCCCACUUUGAGAAGAACACGCACCCCUCGGGCCAGGAGAUGACGGAGAUUGCAGAGAAGCUGAACUAUGACCGCGAAGUCGUUCGAGUUUGGUUCUGCAACAAGAGGCAGGCCCUGAAGAACACCAUCAAGCGCUUGAAACAGCACGAGCCGGCCUCGGCUGUGCCCCUGGAGCCCUUAGCGGACUCCCUGGAGGAGGCCUCCUAAAGGGAUGCUCCUUGGAGCUCCCCCAAGCAAACGCAGCCUAGAUUUCCAGCCAACGGCAACUGCAAUUCAAUUUCCCAAAUAACUCC